AUGGACGAUAAUAACCGCGUAAAGAGUGAAGAGCAAGAACGGGUGUUUAGGCCGAGUGAAGAGCAAGAACGGGUGUUUAGGCCGGUGAUAAUCACCCUCUUACCAUGCAAAAUACUGUUCAUAUUAAGUUGA